AUGUCAGCUAACACGCAUAACAAUCCCUAUGUCUCGCAGCCACCGCCCGAGCACCACGUUCACCGGGACUCCGAAGUGCUGCCUGGCGCACGAGAUGCCGCGGCGUCCGCGAACUACGACGCGAGCCUGACGAACGACUCGCAGACGUGGAAGGACAACAACCAGCGGCAGUUUGGCGCUGGGAUUGAUGACUGCAAUGUCAUGGCUGGCGGGCAGCACGAUACGUCCGGGGCCCCGGAUAGCGGGAGGAACGCCUUUAAUUCAGAGCGGCCGCUGGAUGCGAGCGGCGUCGCGAUCGGAGGACAAGCCAACCUGCCUGAGGGCAAGGCAACGAUAACCGACAAGCUUAUUGGAAAGACACAGAAGGUCACUGGGAAGAUCACCCGUAAUCCCGACAUGCACGAGAAGGGAGAGCUGCUGUACGUGAGCACAUCACGAUAUGGUGGCGCAUCUCAAGGUGACGCCUGGAUUUCAUUUGAUGAAGUCGUAAAGGCCGCGAUCGAGCUUGCAUUCGGGUCCCAUGACGUCACACUCAUCAACACUGCAGAAGAAUUCUGUAUAACACUUCGUAAGAUGGGCAGCAUCGAUAGCGAUGGUGUGGAUGCAUCGGGUGUUGGAGAAGCAAGGAUUUCAUCUGAGGGAUAUCUCUGUAGGCACGACGCGUCCCGGAAACUAGUCUGUCACAUCGGAUGUAUACGAGCACACAUUAUUGGCCUGUUCAAUGUAAGAGGUACAUCUCAAUAUAGCAGCUAUUAUCGGUACGUCUCGAAGGGAGUUUUCUGUGUCACCGCGCUCCAUCUCAUACACAGCUAUAGCUAUGCCUACACUCGUGGAAAGCCUAGCGGGCAGUCUGCUAGGCACCUUUUGCUUGGCGGUAUUUGUGCAACCGCUCAAAUAUACAGCUAUUGGCUACAAUACCCCGACGAUUCCAAAAUACAUCGUGGGACUGUCGGCGCUGUAUGGUUCAUCGAUACAAUCCACACUGCAUUCUGUCUGGUCGUCAUCUAUCACUAUAUAAUCAUUGACUAUGGCAACAUACGGCUUAUUGAGAACAUGAUCUGGCAUUUUCUACGUUCGGCAGGUUUGGGUUUCACACUGGUCGCUCUGACGUUUCCGUUCAGCUCUGGGUUUAGGAAGCUUCAUCCCGUUGAGCUCAUUCAAUCUUACAUGAUCAACACGGGGGGUCUCACGGCUCGUAUCCUUGGCAAUUGUGUUUACCUGUAUGCGAACUCCUUCAUUGCAACCGAUACUGACGUUCAGGGUCACAUGCUUGCGGGCGAUGUCAUGCUGGCGAGUGGCAUUCAAGACAACGACUCGACUGCAUUGUCAGUGAGCAAUGGCAACAGAGAAGAUACAGCGGCCGAUAAGAAGACACCAAUCCUGUUGACUACCACACACGGUGAUGGAACAGACACACACUCCGAGAUGAAGACCGAGCUAUUCCCUUGA